UUUUCUUUUCUUUCAGAGACGUGGUGUUUAUUCCGGCAAUUCUAUUGUGUUGUUUUUCGGAAUCAGUUCAAAGGAAUUGUUUCACAUCCUAGGCUGAGUCAUCGAUAAUUAUGUGUUAAAGAACAGCAGCAAGCCGCAUAGCAUAGAGUAUUAUUGAGUUAGCAAUGAUGUGGCUUAACAACAAAAUGGGCAAGGCUCUAAUAUAUUACCUUGCUAGCUGUUAUUUGCUGGUGCUGGCUCACAGUGGAAACGCGGAAACUGCAAAAAGCAAAAGUUAUCCCAUUACCACGUUGAUUAAUGCCAAAUGGGAACAAACACCAUUACACUUGGAAAUCGCCGAAUAUUUGGCCGAUGAAAAUCCAAAUUUAUUCUGGGACUUUGUAAAGGAUGCAGCCGAUUUGGAUACACCGUUAACAAGUUAUGAUACGGAAUCUCAAAGUUAUAAUGCUGUCCUAAAACUGGUACGCAAGGGUCUCACCGAAAUUCAACUGCCAUUAAUGAAACUAGUAGUGUCCAUGCAUAGUUUAACGCCUCGCAUUCAAACUCAUUUUCAAAUUGCUUCAGAUGCUUUGGCCAAAGGAUCAUGUCCAGAAACCACUACUUUUGUCCAGUUGGAUAGGGAGUUGAUUUGCAGUUUUGAUGAACUACGGCAAAAAUUAAGUACAGCAAAUGAGAAGCCACCUGUGGUGUCGGUAGAGACUUAUGCCUUUGAUCACAUUUUCCCUGGUUCAGAAAAUAAUACCCGCACUGUGGUCUUAUAUGGUGACUUGGGCUCCUCAGCAUUUGCCCAAUACCAUUAUCUUUUGUCAGCAAAGGCUUUGUCGGGAAAUGUGCGCUAUUUAACGCGCCACUAUUUGCCUGAAAAGCAAAGAGAUGCCCGCAAACGUGUACGCCUCUCCGGAUAUGGUGUAGAAUUGCAUUUGAAAUCCACGGAAUAUAAAUCUCAAGAUGAUGCCCCGAAACCAGCCGAUGGCAGUGCUGAGGAUGCAUCAAGUACGACAGGUGAAAUGGAAGUCCAGGGCUUCGAUUUUAGUGUCUUGAAGGAACGUUUCCCUACCAUGGCCCAUUCGUUGGACAAAUUGCGCCAAAGUUUGUUACAGGGCAACGAUGAGAUUGCCCAACUCAAGGCAUGGGAAUUCCAAGAUUUGGGCUUACAAGCUGCCCAGGCCAUUGCCGAGAUUGAUGGAGAGGAGGCAUUGAAAAUUUUACAAUUCACUGCCCAUAACUUCCCUAUGCAGGCCAGAGCUUUGCUUAGCCACAAAGUCAGCCAACAACUGAGGGACGAAGUUAAACACAAUACCGAAAUCUUUAGCCGCAGUUUGAAUAUAGUUCCGCCCGAUGGAGCCUUGUUUAUUAAUGGUUUGUUCUUUGAUGCUGAUAGCAUGGAUUUGAAUUCGCUGAUUGAAACUUUGCGAACGGAGGUAAGGGUAUUGGAAAAUCUCCAUAAUAGUCAGGUGAGGGGUCGAUUGGCCUCGACACUUUUGGCUUUGGAUUUUAGUGGUUCGGGAUCCAAGGAGUUUGCCAUCGAUAUACGUGAUACGGCAAUUUCGUGGAUUAACGACAUUGAAAAGGAUAUGCAAUAUCGCCGCUGGCCUUCAAGUGUAAUGGACCUGUUGAGGCCCACAUUCCCUGGUAUGCUGAGGAAUAUACGUAAAAAUGUUUUCAAUUUGGUCUUGGUUGUGGAUCCCCUACAACCAUCCAGCCGCAAUCUGAUCAAAUUGGCGGAAAGUUUUGUUUUGCACUUGGCCCCAGUUCGUCUGGGUCUGGUGUUUGAUGCCCGCAAAGCGAAUGAUGGCAGUCAGGAGGAUUAUUUGGCCCUUACUUGUGCUUUUAACUAUUUGGUACAAAAGAAAGAUGCCCGUUCUGCGUUGAGUUUUCUUACCGACAUCUUUGCCAAUGUCGAUGCCAAGCAAUCGGUCAAACGUAAACACAUUAAGUCGCAAAUGAAGAAGACCUUUGAGAAGCUUUCGGGAUCUAAAAUUGAUGCUAUACUAGACGAAGAUUCAGACUAUGAUUAUGGCCGGCAAUUGGCUUUGGAAUUUGUUGAACGUUUGGGCUUUUCUGACUCACCCCAGGCUCUGCUGAAUGGUGUGCCAAUGCCAAGUAAUAUCCUAUCCUCGGAUAGUGAUUUUGAGGAAGCCAUAUUUUCGGAAAUCAUACAACAGACCACAACCCUGCAGAAGGCUGUAUAUCGCGGAGACCUUACCGAUUCUGAAGAGAUCUUAGAUUACCUUAUGAAUCAGCCGCAUGUUAUGCCCAGAUUGAAUCAACGCAUUUUGGGAAAUAAUGAAAAUGCCAAAUUCCUUGAUCUCACCGGAACACCACACAAUGAUUUGAGUAAUGUCAAGGCCUUGGCGUUGCUUUCAAAUCGUGACAUGACCGCCACACUGCUAAAGAACAUUAAAUAUUUUGAGGGUAAACAUUCGUAUGAGACAAUAGGGGAUAGUAAAUUGCAUUUCCUUACCCUGUGGCUUUUUGGAGAUUUGGAGAAAGCGAAUGGCCGGGAACUUCUGAAGAAUGCCUUGCAAUAUGUGCGAGCUGGCGCCAGUGUACGUGUAGCUUUCAUACCCAAUGUCGAGGGAUCAGAUGUGGCACGUAAAGAUAAUCUAAAUCGUUUGGUCUGGGCCGCCCAGCAAACAUUGAAACCCAAAGAAGCAACCGACACGGUACUGAAGUGGCUAAAACAAUCGUCCGACAAAUGGGAAAUACCCAAGGCUGUGAGUGAAUUUAUUGCCUCGACAGAAUUGCACAUGAAAAUCCUAAGAGUCUACAGCCAAAGGGUAUUGAAUUUAAAGACCUCCGAACGUUUGGUCAUUGGUAAUGGUAAAAUUAUUGGUCCCAUAUUGGAUACGGAACUGUUUGGCAUUGAAGAUUUUGGUUUAAUUGAUCGUUUCAAUGCCAUACAGUACGGUGACAAGUUGAGAAAAUCAUUGACAAGUAAUUCCCAUGAAUUGGAGGAGGAUUUCAAUAGUGAUACGCUUUUAAAGCUGUACGCUUCGCUCUUGCCACGACAGUCGAAAACCAGAUUUAAAUUACCCGAAGAUGCCAAACAUGCCCAUUCCGUUGUGAAACUCAAACCGAACCGUGACGACUUGCCUAGUUUUGAAAUCAAUGCCAUUGUGGAUCCAGCAUCAAGAAGUGCCCAAAAGUUGGCUCCCAUUUUGAUACUGCUACGCAAUACCAUCAACUGCAAUAUGCAGGUGUUUUUGACACCUGUCACCCAGCACAGUGAUAUGCCGGUGAAAAAUUUCUAUCGCUAUGUUGUGGAGCCUGAGGUACAAUUUCUACCCAGUGGAGAGAUGGCUGAAGGACCAUUUGCCAAAUUCACCGGGGUGCCAGCGAAUUCCUUGCUUACGCAAAAUCUACAAGUUCCUGAAAAUUGGUUGGUUGAGGUCGUACGAUCCGUCUAUGAUUUGGACAACAUCAAGUUAAGUGAUAUAAAUGGUCCAGUCCACAGUGAAUUUGAAUUGGAAUAUCUUUUGCUGGAGGGUCAUUGCUUUGAUAGCAGUACCGGUGCCCCGCCUAGGGGCCUCCAAGUUACAUUGGGCACACGGGAAAAUCCUGUUCUGGUGGAUACAAUUGUCAUGGCCAAUUUGGGUUAUUUCCAAUUGAAAGCCAAUCCCGGCGUUUGGACAUUGAAAUUGCGUGAGGGCAAAUCGGCCGAUAUAUAUGACAUAACCUAUGCCGAAGGACCAAAUACGGUGCAUAAAAAUGAGAACACUCAAGUUGUGAUAAGCUCCCUCAAAUCGCAUGUCAUCAAAAUGAGGGUCACCAAAAAACCGGGCAUGUCUCAAAUGGAUCUCUUGGAGGAUGAUAAUUCACAACAACAAUCGGGAAUAUGGAAUUCCAUUGCCAGUUCAUUUGGCGGAGGUGGUGGCGGUUCGGCUGGCGAUGAGGAUUCGGAGACCAUAAAUAUUUUCUCUGUGGCCUCGGGCCAUUUGUAUGAACGCCUGCUUCGCAUCAUGAUGGUCUCGGCCAUGAAACACACCAAAUCACCGGUGAAGUUUUGGUUUUUGAAAAACUACCUUUCGCCACAAUUCAUUGAUUUUCUACCGCACAUGGCCAAGGAAUAUAAUUUCCAAUACGAAUUGGUGCAAUACAAAUGGCCGCGAUGGUUACAUCAGCAAACGGAAAAGCAGCGCACCAUAUGGGGCUAUAAAAUCCUGUUCCUUGAUGUUCUCUUCCCUCUGAGUGUGAGGAAAAUCAUAUUUGUGGAUGCCGAUGCCAUUGUAAGGGCAGAUUUGAGGGAACUUUACGACAUGGAUUUGGGUGGUGCACCCUAUGCCUAUACGCCGUUCUGUGAUUCGCGCAAAGAAAUGGAAGGAUUCCGUUUCUGGAAGCAAGGCUAUUGGAAAUCCCAUUUAAUGGGCCGGCGUUAUCACAUUUCAGCCUUGUAUGUUGUCGAUCUGAAGAGAUUCCGUAAAAUAGCAGCCGGCGACCGGCUGAGAGGCCAAUAUCAGGCGUUAAGUCAGGAUCCCAACAGUUUGAGUAAUUUAGAUCAAGACUUGCCCAACAAUAUGAUCCAUCAGGUGGCCAUUAAAUCAUUGCCGGAUGAAUGGCUAUGGUGUCAGACAUGGUGUAGUGAUAGCUCUUUCAAAAAUGCCAAGGUCAUUGAUCUCUGCAACAAUCCCAUGACCAAGGAGGCCAAAUUGACAGCGGCCCAGAGGAUUGUGCCCGAAUGGAAGGAUUAUGAUUCGGAAGUCAAGCAGCUGAUGGCACGCAUAGAGGAUCAUGAAAAUGUGGAACAUGAUGAGCUUCAAACCACCUUGCCGUCCUCCAAAGAGACAACACCAACACCAGCAGCAGCCGCAGCAGAUGGCGCCAAACACAGUGAACUGUGAUUUUCUACAGAUAUCAUAAAUAAUAUUAAAUUAAACAAUUGUAAUAUCUCCAAAAAAAAAGUCCUGUUUAAGUUUUUUUCCAACACCACAUUUUCUGAAUAAAAGCUCGAAGGUAAUUAAAAUAACCCAUAGUUAAACAUGGGAUUCAAUAAAGAAAAGACAUUCCUAAAAUGAAAA